AUGGAUUUCCUCAAGCGAUUCAAAAAGCAAUCUUCCCCAGCAGUAGAUGCUACACCAACCCCAUAUGCCGACGACGACGUCCUUCCAGUACACACACUAGACGACACGAAGACUUUCCGUAGCAUCAUAAUUACAUGGACACUCUGCUUCAACGAUGUUCUCGAUGCGGAUAGGCUCCGGUCCUCUCUAGCAAAGCUCUUGGAAAAUGGGGACUGGAGGAAGCUUGGAGGACGCUUGAGACUCAACAACAAGGGUGCAUUGGAGAUUCAUGUCCCACGCCAGUUCACAUCUGAGCGACCCGCCUUCUCGUACAGCCAUGUCACCAUCAACACUCCCAUCGAAGAGCACGACCUAGCCAAGAAGCUUCCCAAAGCCAACAGAGCCGUCUUGAUCUGUCCAGGACCCACGGAGUUCAAUGACCUGGCCGCUAGCGCCGACGCGCCCAUGACGUUUGAGGACUUGAUCGCUGGAGACACGCCACAAAUUUCGGUCCACAUCACGUCUUUUACCAACGCAACACUCGUGGGACUCUCCUGGCCCCAUACUUUGAUGGAUGUAAUUGGCAACCAAAACCUCCUCUGCGCGUGGUCGAUGCCGGCAGAGGAGUACAUACUCAAGGCCAAACAGCUCAAAGGGCUGAGUAUGGUCAAAUUUGGAGCGAGGUUCGCAUGGGAUAUGCUUACUGGUCCUGCUCCAAAGUCGCAGACGAUUUACCUGCCAAAGGACGUCGUGGCGAAAUUGCGCGUAGCAACUGAGCAAGACCUACCUGUGCAGGAGAACGAUGACGGUAUAGUCGAGAAACCACCGUUCAUCAGCGAUGGCGAUGUGCUCACUGCAUGGACACUCCGCUGUAUCGCAUCUUCUCUGCCAUCACCCCGUCCCUUGACCGCCCUCCACGCAAUGAACGCUCGUUUCCGUCUUCCUGAACUCAUCAACGCGAAGGGUAUGUACAUGCAAAACAUGCUCGUCCCAGGCUUCAUCUUCGUCACCCCAGACAUGUCCACCGGCCCCCUCGGUCCCACCGCCCUGCACAACAGACAAAGUCUCCUCGCCCAAGCAACCGAAGGCCAAGUCCUCGCCAGCAUCCGCGAGCAACGCAUCUCCGGCGACCCAUCUACGCUCCUCUACAGCGACGCAGAUGCGAUGUUGGUGCCUUUUACCGACUGGUCGAAAGCCAAGUUCUUUUCUACUGUCGACUUUGGGCCUGCGGUUGUGAGGGCUGGUGAUGAGAGUGAGGGAAGGAGUAAUCCGCCUGGUAUGCCUGCGUUUCAUCAUUGCUCGAGUAGGAUACCGAAUCCGGCGAAUAGGCUGUUGGUGCAUAUUUUGGGGAAGGAUCAUGCGGGGGGUUAUUGGCUGAGCUUGAUUAUGUCGCCGAAGGCUUGGGAGAAUGUGGAGGCGAGUUUGAAGGAGUUGAGUUGA